UUCAGGAGCUUUUGUUCCCUGAGCACUUUCUGUAGAGUUCUGGAGGAUGGGAAUCAAAAUGGCGGCCUUGCAGUCUCUGGCCAGAGGAACCGAGGGCCCCACUCCUCAGUGUGCCCUCAGAGAAAAGCCCUCAAUCACUCCCGUCUCCCUGGCCUCUGGCUGCACUCCGAGCUCACCCAGCCUGCGACUGGUUCAAGGUAACCCCGACCUGAGAGCUCACUCCUCAGCUCUGUCUCUGUAGCAGUCUUCCCUGCUCUAAUACCUGCGAGCUCUGUGACACUCAGACACUCCUGAUCCUUCUGUGACCUUGUGGGACCUGGGGCCACGCUGACCCCACAAGGGCUUCACCCCAGUUUAGCCUCUGGAGUGAUGUCCUCUGUGGAGCAGACUUUUUAAAGUCCUAAUUUAGUGCUCUGUUGUUCCACCCCUUGCUGGGAGCCGGCCCCUCCCACUGUGGUCUAUCUUCCCAUAGCUUUGGAUUCACUUCUCCGCCUGUCCUACCUUUCAGACAGUGGUCAAUUUUCUGAUUCUAGAAUUGCUGUUCUUCUUCUCUUCAAUCUCCCAUUGGAUUUGUAGGUGUUCAGAAUGGUUUGAUAAGCUAUCUAGCUGAUCUCCAGCUACCUGAUAUAGUCUCAGCCUGCUAUUUCUCUGCCAUCUUGACUCCUCUCAAAAGUUCUUUUGAUUUUUAAUUUAACUGUCAUUUUAAUGGUUUUGCUAUUCAACUACAUUUUCUUUUCUUUUUUUUUUUUUUAAUUUCUUUCCAGUGUUCCAACAUUCAUUGUUUAUGCACCACACCCAGUUCCAUGCAAUAUGUGCCCUCCAUAAUACCCACCACAGGCUCACCCAACCUCCCACCCUCUCUCCUCCAAAACCCUCAGUUUGUUUCUCAGUGUUUUUAUUUUUAAUGUUGUGGUUUUUAAGACUCAGGACAAUAACUUGGCAAAGGUCAUACAGCAGCAACAGGCAGGCAUGGAACUCAGCCUGCAAUCUGGCUCUCUGACCUGCGGUCCAGGGAAUUUCCCAAAACAUCCUAUUGUUUGCCUGUGUCAGGAGGGUAUCUCCUCUCUAGCCUCUUUCCUUACUCUGUUGGUAGUGUCACCUGUAGCAUAGAAAGGAGGCAAGUGCCAGUAGAUCAAUACUAUGCAGACUUGUUCUGGCUCAUGUCUCAGCAGCGUGUCUUCCCUUUCAGCCCUGAAGGUGGCAAAACUGUAUGCAGAUUGGCAGAAGGAGAAGUUCCAGGCCUUGUCAGUCUGGAUCCAGAGUCUGCCCAUGAAUGUCUUGCUGUCUCUGAUGACAAGACUAGUGUGACCUUCAAGGACUCAUCCAAGGAGACAGCAAAUGGAAAUGGAGUCUAUAGCAUCUUGGGUCAUGAAGGCAUCAUAUCAGGGUGCUCCUACUGGGAGUUGGAGAUCAGGAAUGCAGAAAGAAGUGAGUGGGCCCUGGGGGUCUGUAGGAGAGAUGUGGAGAGGAAAGGCUGGCACCAGGAAGGGCCAGAAAAGGAGUUCUGGGUUGUGGGGAUGUAUGAAAAACAUUCUGUUCCCUCCCUGCUAAUGGAGAACACAUUGUGCCAAUUCCCCAGAGGGUAGGGGAUUUCCUGGACCUGAAGGAAGGGGAUGUCUCAUUCUACAACAUGACUGAUGGUUCCCACAUUUUCUCCUUCUCUCUUGCUUCCCCCUCUGGGACUCUUUUUUCAUACUUCAGAUUGAGGUCAGGAGAGGUGUCCCUGACCAUCUGCUCUGGGGUGGGUGGGCCUGUGCAGACCCCUGUACCCAUUAACAACCCUCCUUGUUCUUCAGAGGAGCCUGGGAGCCUCCCAGGGCAGGGGUUCAGUUCAGUCUGUGGUGUUGAUGGUGAUUUCCCAGGGGCUGAAUCUCCAUUACUCCCCUGUGGUCCUGAAGCUAUGUCCCCAUAAUGCUCCAACACUGUCCCAGAUUCCUCAUGGUGGCUCCUCCUGGAGCUGCAGAUUCCCAGGGGUACUAGCCUCUGAAGUUAGUCCUGAAUGAUUGGGUGUCUUGACCUUCUUUUCUGCGUAUAGACUGCUGGGGUGAGGUUAUGAGAAUAGUUGGUUUAUGCCUUAGGCUCAGGUAGUAGAAGAUAAAUGUUGACUUUUUCAGCUGUAAUGGGGUUGGCUGAAUUUUGCUAUUGGAAGUCAUGUUUCUUUUGAUCAUGAACAUUAUUUCAUGGAGUCUUUGUAUUGUUUUGAUAUGAAAUGAGAUGAGAUAUGAAUUAUUCUGAAGAAUUAAAUGGUGUUUAUUUUAUAUAGUUUGAGUUGUGCAGAUGAAACCAGAGGCUACAGGUAGGUUACCUGCUCUAUUUAGGAAAUGUGCACUCUGACUAAAAGACAUUGUCCAUCUGAACAUUUCUGAAGAAAUGUAUGGCUAAUGGACUUAAAGAAGAGUGGAGUGUAAUAUUCUAUUAUAUGUGCUUCCUAUUCUGGAAUGGAUGAGACAUACUUAUCUUAACGAACCUUAGUAAAUAUUUGUUUUUUUCUGAAAUACUAGUGCUGUAUUAAUUCAGGGAAUGGAAAAUGAGAGUUUGUUUUUCCUUGUGAGUCAACAGCAGUUGGAAAGAACAGAACUGCUACCAGAAUAAAGAGGUAAAUGAAGAUGAAUGUUUUCAGACCCUGGGUGAAUUGCAGAAAGCUUUGUCCAUGAGCACAGUUCCAGGAUCUAUGUAGGGCUUCUCAGUACUUCUAGUCCAACUGAAAAGGUGGAUGGAACCCACAGGAAACAGAAGGAAACCAGACUGUUGAGGACUCAGACCUUAAUGAGUAAAGGUUUGUUGGCUCCUGAAGUAGAGAACACUGACCUGUUGUGGUUCUGGGAGAGAUGAGGAAGACACAAAAUUGGAAGUAGAAGAAGGCGGUCACAGAUCUCAGUUCCUGUCUGUGACCAAAAACAGGAAAAGGAUGGCGUCCCUUUGGAUAUUUUUCUAUCUUGGCAUGUAGAUGUGUCCUUUGUAUUAAUUAUCUAUUUUCCUUCUCCCUUCUUACCAGUGUGAUUUUAAGCAAGUUGUCCCUGGUAAUAUUUCAAAUAUAAUGUCUGGGUAACAGAGGAGUCAAAUGAGUGUGGCUGGACUUAAGGAAUCAAUAUAACUGAUACAAUGCCUGAGACUGCCUGUUUGUUUCAUUUUGGGGAAAGACUGAGAACUUUUUCACUUUUAAGUGUAGCCCUGUAAAUGUGUAAAUGUGGCAUUGUUGUGUUGUUAUAUGGAAGUUCCAAUGUGAGUAAAUGGUGUAUGUGGAAGCUGAGGAACUAAUAGUGUGAAAUCUGCCCCUUAUUAAUUGUCUUUUGAUUCAGAUCUACCAUGUAUGUGCCCUACUUGUUGAUAUUGGAGGUAAUAAACGUUUCAUUUUUGCCAUGUG